AUGGCCAUUCGUUCUGAAGCUGUUGUCGGCCGCUUCAUCCCGCAUCCUUUCUGCAACUUGCCUUCACCGCAGUAUGGCUCCAAUGAGACUGGCGCUACCAUUUCCCUUCCCACAGUCAUCCCGGUCUGGAUCCAGGUUGACUCGGAAAUUCGUCAUUGCCUCUCCUUCCACCAGCGGUGUUGGUGGGCAAGAUCAGGAUAUGCCCUGGCCGUAUUGCUUGAAAAUGCGGAAUACUCGAGGCAUGCACAGUACCAGUGCCUGGUAUUCUUUGCCUUGGUGGUUUGCUCGAGUCUGGGUGCCGCAACUGAGCCAGCACUGGAUGUGAAGCCUUGGAAUAGCUUCAUGACGGAUGACGGCAAUCCCAUCGAACUUAGCUGGGAUUGGCACACGGAAUCCAAAUCACCCACCAUACGCUUCUCCAUCGAACCGGUCGGGCUCAUUGCCGGAACAGCAACUGAUCCUCAAAACUGGUACGCCGCUUCCAACUUUCACCAGGCGCUGCUCCGGUCAUUGCCACGGACAAACGUCGAAUGGUUCGAUCACUUCAAGCAGCAGCUCUGCUGCAGUGCUGCUGCCGUGAGCUUAGCCUCCGAGGGUCAUUCCUCACGCAUCUUCUACGCCUUUGACCUGGCUGAGGAUGGCAUCAAGAGCAAGGCAUAUUUCUUCCCUGGCUUCAAAGCCAAGGCCACUGGGCAGACCAACCUGACCAUAGUCUCGCAAGCAAUCGUAACGGCGCCGUACUGCUCGCCAGAAAAACUCGAAGCUUUGGCAGUUCUCCAGGAAUUUGUCAUGGACUCAUCGACUCCGGCGUUGGAGAUGGAUAUGCUCGCCAUCGACCUCGUUGAACCCACCUCCUCUCGCCUGAAGAUUUACUUCCGCAGCCGCGAAACCAGCUUCAGCUCCGUGAAACGAACCAUGACAAUGGGUGGUCGACUCGUAACCUCCGAUUUGGUUCAUGGACUUCAGAAGUUAAGGCUCCUUUGGGACGCCUUGUUGGAGCGACGAGGUCGGUCGGAUGAUGAACCGCUCCCUAGGGUAGAACACCGAACCGCCGGCAUCUUGUAUAAUGUCGAAUUCUGCCUUGGAAGUGCAGUGCCAAAGGUCAAGAUCUAUAUUCCCGUUCGUCACUAUGCGAGUAGUGAUAAGCAGACAAUCGGCGGACUAAGUGACUACCUAUAUCGUACCAACGCGCAAAACGAGCGGUUCAUGCCUGCCUAUCUUCAUGCCCUGAGAAGUAUUUUGUAUGUUUCCCUACGAUUUAUUUUCUUCCUUCUCUCACCCCUUUCUCUCGCAAGACUUCGGCCCUUUGUGUCAACAGUGACAGUUGUUCUGAACCUGCACCUUCUACAAAGAGAAUCAAUCUAA